CUCUUCGCUGCUCUUAUAAGAGUGCUGGUGAUUUUUCUUUAAACACUUGUUCUUGGUUAAACGACGUUGACGUCGAUUUUUCAUGGAAGUUUGUAAACUUCAUAAAACUUAAUAAUCAAUUAAAUGAAAUAAAACAAUUGAUUAGUUGUGGGAUCCAGCAAAAGAAACAAGAAAAUCACAAAAUAGGCAAAAACAAAAAUAUUAAAAAAAAUGUUAACGCGAGAAAUAAUAUUUCCCAUAAUAUUGUGGUUAGCGGCUUUUGGGUUGUUGGCAGUAAAUGGGAAAUCGGAUCCUGGCAAAACGAAUACUGUGCUUAAUAGGGAUUACAAUGUAGACAGAGAGCAGCGACCGCUUUUGGCUAACUCCAAGAUAUGCGUCAAAAUUGCUUGCAGUUCAGCGGAGCCUAUGGAUAUAGUUAUUUUCUGGACGUUGACAGAAAUGAAAUGUUGGGAUUAUAAAGACAGUUUUCAAUCACCUUACAUAUCCUAUGACAACGGAGUUUUACAACCAAACAAAAGCAACGACAAAAUCAUAAUUUCACCCAAACUGAACGCUGAGUGUCCACAACAUCGUGUGGUGCUUGCUGAGUUACAAGGGUCAUUAGGUGAUGGUGGCGAAAAUGGUGGAGGAAAUGCAGCGGGAAACGGUGCAGCAGAUGGUGCCGCGCUAAAAGCACAAAACCAUCCGAUUUCGCGCGUCUGCAAACCGAUUGUUACCGUUUCCAGAGAUGGCAUAUACGACUUUGCACUAACAAUAAAGCCAAUGAAAGACAAUAUAGCAUUUACAGCAUCGGUAGACAUUGAAAUGUUGGGCCCACAUGGGUAUAUAUCAGCAAGUGAUUGGCCUCUAUUGCCGUUCUAUGGUAUCAUGUGUAUUGUGUACGUGAUUUUUGGCAUUAUUUGGCUCAUUGUUUCAUUUAUGCAAUGGCGCGAUUUGUUGCGCAUACAAUUUUGGAUUGGCGGUGUCAUAUUACUGGGCAUGCUGGAAAAGGCAUUUUUCUAUGCUCAGUAUCAGAGCUUAAAUAACACCGGUGUGCCUGUGCAGGGCGCUGAAUUAGCUGCUGAAUUUGUAUCGUGUGCUAAACGUACGCUGGCUCGUAUGCUUGUUAUUAUUAUGAGUUUAGGUUUUGGCAUUGUAAAACCACGUUUAGGACCAAUGUUACAUCGCGUUGUAGGAGUAGGUGCACUAUACUUUGUUCUCGCCUGUGUCGAAAGCUAUUUACGUGUGAUGAGCAUAAAACCUGAUAACAAUGAACUACUGGUCGCUAGCAUACCUUUAGCCGUUUUGGAUACUGGCAUUUGUUGGUGGAUAUUCACUUCGCUAGUCCAAACAACAAGGACGUUAAGAUUAAGAAGAAAUAUGGUUAAAUUAUCUUUGUACAGACAUUUUACAAAUACCUUAAUAUUUUCUGUUAUUGCUUCUGUCAUUUUCAUGGUCUAUGCUUUACAUUUACGAAACACACAAAAAUGCACACCGGGUUGGCAUAAUAUAUGGAUCGAUACCGCCUUCUGGCAUGUUUUAUUCUCUGUCUUGUUAUUAGUUAUUAUGAUAUUGUGGCGACCAACGAAUAAUAAUCAACGUUAUGCAUUUACGCCGCUUCUAGACAAUCCAGAGGAUGAAGAUGAUGAAGAUGAAGAGGAUCAAUUUGUUGCUGAUGCCUACGGUGUAAAAAUGCGAGGCACACAUUCAAAUGGAGCGCGAACGCCACCUUCAACACAACGUGCAACAACUACGGAAGAAGAUGAUUUGCGUUGGGUUGAAGAGAAUAUACCAUCUUCAAUGGCAGAUCCGGCAUUGCCUGUUUUGGACUCAGAUGAGGAAAUUAUAAAUACGAAAUUCGAAGUAUCAAAAAUGCAAUAAGAUUUCGAAUUUUAAACGACAGCAUUACGAUGUAAAUUAUUAGUUUGUGAUUUUACAUUUAUCGCAUGUUUCUGUUUUGCCUAUAACAAUAUUUUAGACUUAUAUUUUAAUACACAUUAUUUAUUUAUAUACGAACAUUUAAUUACGAACA